CCCAGUGACAGUGUGAAGAUGAUGCCUGGCGGUACCAGCAUGGCGAUGUCGGGGGUCAAGGCCGGGAGGUGGCAGGCGGUCCAGAACCACAUGCAGGCGGGAGGACUCAGACCCACCAACUUUGGAGACUCAGUAGGUGCUCUGUCCUCUGCCUCCACCCUGGAUCCUCUCCCCUCAGCUGGGCCGCUGGCCCGGCCACGCACCCUGCUACGUCAGCAGAGUCUCCAGCAGCCAUUCAUCCACCCACCUGCCCCAAGCCUCACCCAGCUCCCACCCACCUCCUCACAGAGCCUGGGAGAGCUAUACCAGGUAACCCCGCCGGGGCACGGCCAUCCUGGGGGAGGCGGGGGCAGUGAAGGAGGUGGGGUAGGAGGUGGGGUAGGAGUUGGGGGCACUCGAGGAGGUCCCAGGAGGGUGCGAGGGAGCCCUGCAGGGGCAGGCACUUCACAAUACAGAGGAGGAGGAGGAGGAGGAGGAAGAGGAGGAGGAGGAGGAGGAAAUCCUGGCUCCUGGGAUCACAUGAUGGGCCAGUUGAAAAACAGAGGCCUGGAUGCCAAGUCCUUCCUCGAAGGGAAGAUGGUGGUUCUUUCUUUGGCUAUUGGUUUGGCAGAGCAAGAUGACUUUGCCAAUAUCCCUGAUCCAAUCACCUCCAUGCAGGAAGCUCCAACAGCCAAUCAGGAAGCACUUCCUCAUCCAGACAAGAGGGGCGUGUCCAACAAGCCAGGCAACAGUCCCAAGGGCCACCCCCCCGACGGACACUCCUCAGUCACCGAUCUGGCCAACUCUCUCACCGGAGACAUGGUCAUGCUGUCCCCGGGCUCUGAGGAUGACGACGGUGAAGGUCCUAUCUGUGAGAAGCUGGGCCGGAUCCAGUUCUCGGUUGGCUACAGCUUCCAGGACUCCACCCUGACCGUCAAGAUUCUCAAGGGCCAGGAGCUCCCUGCCAAGGACUUCUCUGGGACCUCUGACCCCUUCGUCAAGCUCUACCUGCUGCCGGACAAGAAGCACAAGCUGGAGACCAAGGUGAAGAGGAAGAACCUCAACCCUCACUGGAACGAGACCUUCCUGUUCGAGGGUUUCCCGUAUGAGAAGGUGAGGGAGAGGACUCUGUACCUCCAGGUGUUGGACUUUGACCGGUUCAGUCGUAACGACCCCAUCGGGGAGGUAUCCAUCCCUCUCAACAAGCUCAGUGACCUGGGACACAUGCAGACCUUCUGGAAGGAGCUCAAACCCUGCAUGGAUGGAGCGGGGAGGCGAGGGGACCUGCUGGUGUCUCUGUGCUAUAACCCAACAGCCAACACCAUCACUGUGAACAUCAUCAAAGCACGCAAUCUCAAAGCCAUGGACAUAGGAGGAACAUCAGACCCCUAUGUGAAGCUGUGGCUGAUGCACAAGGACAAGCGUAUUGAGAAGAAGAAGACAGUGACCAUAAAGUGUUGUCUCAACCCCGUCUUCAAUGAGUCGUUCCCCUUCGAGGUUCCGGCCCACGUCCUCCGGGAGACCACCAUCAUCAUCACCGUUAUGGACAAGGACCGGCUCAGCCGCAAUGACGUCAUUGGCAAGAUCUACCUAUCUUGGAAGAGUGGUCCAGCGGAGGUGAAACACUGGAAGGACAUGAUGGGCCGGCCGCGUACUAAUGUGGCCCAAUGGCACGCUCUCAAGGCCUGAUCGUCCCGCCUACCCCCUCUUCAGUGACCCCACCACUCCCCCUAGUCUCCAACAUUAAGGCCCUCCCCCUCCCUCCGACGUCCAAUCCCCAUCCUUAUGCACAACACUGACUAGCUGCCAGGCUACGAAACACGGGUACAAUUAGCCAUCCGCUCACUUUACCUUUAAACCCCUCGGCUCUCUUCUUCUCCUCUCCUCCUCUGUUCUCUCUAUCUGUUCUGCUUCUCUCUAUAUUUCCUCCUGUUAUCUUUUUAUUCAACCCUGUCUCUCUCCUUCACUCUGUCAAUGGUCCCCCUGUUUCUGUUUGUCUGCCUCUGUGUGUGUGUGUGUGUGUGUGUGUGUGUGUGUGUGUGUGUGUGUGUGUGUGUGUGUGUGUGUGUGU